UUCGGCGCCCUCCCUGGCCUCCGCCUCGCCGCGCGCCACCCCGCCCCGCGCCGCACUUCGGACCGGCCGGGCGGAGGCUGCUGCAGUAGGUCCCGCCGGAGCAGACAAUUUUCGGGCAGCGACUGGACCAAAGGAAACGCAAAGCAGAAUACUCUUUUCUCUUGCUGUUGGAUUUGUUUUGGAGGGUGUGGUGACCUGCUUGAUGGUGCCUGCAGCAGUAGCCUUCAGCAGAAUGUGACUUCCAGAAGCAUCUUUGAGCUUCUCAUAAGGAGGUUCUGUAACAUGAUAUAGUCAGGACGUGCUGUUACUUAUUUACCUAGAGAAUUUCCUGUUUCAAUCCAAUUGUGAGUUUAUUUCCUGAAAGAGAUGAAAAAAGGACCAGAAGGUGGAGCCUGUUCCCUUGCCACUCCAAGCAAUUUGGUGGAGUCAAAUCCAGACAGUAACAGCAACAAUGGAGUCCCAGCAAAAGACAAAGACCUGCUCUCAUCUUCUGGAGACUUGGAAAACAUCCAGAUGAAACCCAGCAGAGAAACGUCCAGAAAAGCACUCUGUGGCUAUUUAAAUAAGCUGGGCAUCAAGGGGCCAAUCAAGACCUGGAAGUCUCGCUGGUUCUUCUAUGAUGAAAACAAAUGUAAUUUACUGUACUACAGAACUGCACAGGACAUUAACCCUCUGGGCUCUAUUAACCUCUCCAGUGCCAACUUUGACUGCAAGGUGGAAAAUGGGGAAGGUAUUUUUGAGAUCGGAACACCAAGUAGAGUUUUUACUCUGAAGGCGAUCAGCAAGCAGGCAAUGGUAUACUGGCUGCAGCAGCUACAGAUGAGACGCUGGGAAUUUUGCAACACUCAGAGCAGGUUUCCUGUGGGCCAGUCUCAGCUUGUGAAUGAACCUCUGGCUGACAAAACAAAGAUUGCUGACAGUGAAGACUUUCUGCCUCCAGUGAAAACACCAACAGAAUCGGUGGGUUUAAAGGCAGCAUCUUUGCCUGCACCCCAAACAUCUACUGCUUUGCAUAACAUCUCCCUUAAGCACCCUUGGACAGAGAUACAAAACACUGUCUACAGUAUCUGUGGCUCCAAGCAGCUCUGGGGAAACAAUGGAAACAUCUUUAACUUCAGUGAACUCCAGGAGCAUCCUGAGAACCUGGAUGAGGAGCAAGAGGCAGAAGUGGAGGCAGCAUGUGCAGUUAAAGAGAGCAUUUCAGAGGAUGGGAGGAUGGAGUCCAGGCUGAACUGGGUUAGGAAGGCCAAGUGGAUCAGCAGUGGAUUACCAGGCUUGCCUGAAGAGCUGUCCAGGGAGAGGAACUCAAUGGAUAAAGUGAGUGUCCUGCAGCAACAGAUCCUGACACUCACAGAGGAAGUCAAGUCACAGAAGGAGCUGGUUAAACUUCUCCAUAAAGCUCUGGAGGCAGCCCAGCAGGAGAAGGGAGUAUCUAGCAUGUAUCUCACUGCAGCAGAAGAUAAGGACAGGCUGGAGCUGGUGCGCCACAAAGUGAGACAAAUCGAAGAUCUCACUAAUCGUCUGGAAGCUCUUGAGCAAGAAAAGAAGGAACUGGAGCAGAUACUGACUCUGAGAGACAGCCACAUCCAGGAGCUCAAGGAGCAUGUGCAGCUUCUAAUGGAGAAGAGCCAUGCCAAAGAGGAAGUCGUCAUGGCCUUGACAGAGCAAAUGGCCAGAGGGCUCUCUGACCCCCUGCAAGCAAACACUAUUGCUGCAGAGACGUUAUAUAAGCAGCAGGAGGAGAUUGAGCACCUGAAGGAUGAUAUUGGUGCGUACAAAACCCAGAACCAAUUUCUCAACUCAGAGAUCCACCAGGUUACUCGACUCUGGACGAGAGCUGCUGAGAAUGAAAAAGCCCUUCUGAUGAAGUGUGCCUGCCUGCAAGCACAAAACUGCCAGAUGGAGAGCAAAUACCUGACAGUCUUGCGGAAGCUGCAGGAGGCUGUUCCUGGCUUACCCAGCUCCCAUAGUGAGUUGGUGAGGAACCUCAUCCAGCAAGCACUUCAGUGGGAUGUGAAGGAGGAAACAGAAGAAAGUUUUAAUGUGAACCCUGUAAGUGAGUAUGAUGAGUAUGGGUUUAUGACUGUACCUGACUAUGAAGUUGAGGACUGGAAACUUCUAGCCAAAAUCCAAGCCCUGGAGAUUAAGUCCAACAACCUGCGCAGCCACGAAGUAGUGGAGAAGCCUCUCCGUGACAGGUGGAACAGUGUUGUGGAGCUGAACCCUUCUGCAGAGCUGAAGAGUCUGAUUCGCAGUGGCAUUCCUGCAGAGCACCGUCAGCGGGUCUGGAGGUGGAUUGUCAGCUGGCGCUGUGGCCACCUGCCCCAUCACUACCAGCAGCUGCUGCAGCAGAGCAAGGCAACGGAGCACCCUGCCUGCCGCCAGAUCGAGCUCGACCUACCCCGCACACUCACCAACAACAAGCAUUUCUCCUCCCCCACCUCACAGCUUAUCCCCAAGCUCCGCAGGGUGUUGCUGGCGUUCUCCUGGCACAACCCUGCCAUUGGAUACUGCCAGGGACUGAACAGAUUGGCAGCUGUGGCCCUCCUAGUCCUGGAAGAGGAGGAAACUGCUUUCUGGUGCCUAGUUCAUAUUGUGGAGAACCUAAUGCCAGCAGAUUAUUACAGUGACACGCUGAUAACAUCACAGGUAGAUCAGAGAGUCUUCAAAGACUUCCUGUCAGAGAAGGUGCCUCACCUCACAGCUCAUUUUCAGCAGUAUCAGAUUGAUGUCUCACUCAUCACCUUCAACUGGUUUCUGGUGGCCUUUGUGGACAGCCUGGUCAGCGACAUUCUGCUGCGAGUGUGGGAUGCCUUCUUGUAUGAGGGAAGCAAGGUGAUUUUUCGCUACGCUCUUGCUAUUUUCAAGUACAACGAGGAGGAAAUCCUCAGAAUCCAUGACAGUGUGGAGAUCUACCAGUACCUGCGCUUCUUCACAAGGAUGAUCACAGAUGGCAGGAAGCUGAUGAACAUUGCCUUCAAUGACUUAAACCCCUUCCCCAUGAAAGCGCUGAGGAACCGACGGUCAGCACACAGGGAAGAGCUGGAGGCUGAGCUGUGUCAGCUAGAACAGAUCAAGGCAGCCUAUGUGAAAGAGAGAGCAGAGCAAAUGCCUCAGGAUCUGAAGGAGGUUGUUAGUGAAGAGGAAGAAGAGAUUUAACAAAACCAGACUUCCUCAUCACUUCCCUCCCAAUUUACAGAAGGUCUUCAGUAGCAACUGUCUGUAAGAGAUGAAGCAGAGGGAGGAAGGUGAUCAUAGCAGGAGUUCAUCUGCCCCAGGAAGCAAGAUGUCAAAGGAGUUUCAUUCUCUUCUGUACUUCUCCCUAUUCAGCCCACCCUGUCCUGCUUAGCUUGGGAUUAUGGAUGAAAGUCCAUUAGAAAUACCAGUUGUGCUAUUAUGACAAAAGUUGGUAUGGUGUAAAGGACCCAGCCAGCCAGGGCUUUUUUACCUUUUCUGGUGGGGGCUUGAAAGAGAUCUUCAGGCACAAGUGAAAUCACCAGAAAUAAUGAACUGAGAGCACUCCCUCAUUGGUGUCUCAAGCUUUUGAAUUGGUUAGGAAGGAAAAUGCUCUUUGAGGGUAUGAUAUCUUAGUGGCUAGCCUGCUAGGAGAGCGUGUUUAACAUUCCAGUUACUAAGCUAUGACAGUCUCUCAAUGAGUGUUGGGCCUUGAAAAAGUCUUGGGAGCUGUGCCUUUGAGAGAUGAGUUUGCUCCACAGACAACCUCUGCUCUCAGUGUAAAACAAACCACAGCCUGGCAGCAAGCAGGGCCUAAUGUUAAGGAAACUUUGCCUACUGAGAACUCCUGAGUCUUCUGAUCACCUCACACUUGGCCAGUAUAUGUGUGCAGCUAUCUGACUCUGCCCCAUUUAGGCUCAUGCUGUGCCAGGAUUCUACAUUGAUAUCCCAGCCUCUCACUCUCAUUCAUAAUGAGAGUGAAGUGGACUUUCCUGCAGAGGUUUUCGAUACUGGAGGUGUUCGACUCAUGGACUAUGGCUCUCUUGGAAUAAACCUGCAAGCCUCUUGGGCUAGACAACAAAAGAUGGCUUGAUAUUCCUUAGAAAAAAAAGAUUAAUUUCCUCUGAACCAAGGAGCUGGCCUCCAUGAGUCCAGCACACAGAAAUGUCCUGCCUACCCCUGCAAGCAGGGUCUGAUUACCUUCUCCCAGGCUCACCUAUUCCCUGCCUGUGCUGCUUAGUGCUCCACAGACCCAAGAUAGACCAAGUGCCUCAGUUAAAUACGACUUACGCUAUUGUGAUGUCCUGCUGCCUUGCUUUCCUGUUGAGCAGGGCUUGAUUCCAGGUGUGCCUGUACUGCUGAUACUGACAGCAUGCAGCAGACCCCACUGUGAGGAGGAGCUUUGCUCUGCUGACCUUGAACCCAAGCCCAGUCAGUGGAUGAGGCCUUCUUUAAACUUCAUCAUAAAGUUGUCAGUGCUGGCAGAGUAAGGGAAGAGAAGCAUUCAUAGCCCAUACUGUUCUCAGCCAGAUGGGCUGCAGCUAAGGUCUCAGGCUCCAGUGAAAACAGCACCAGCCUCUAUUCAGAUGAGAUGUGGUUUGCUUCAGCUCUGCCUUAGACACUACUGGACAGACAGGUAGAUUCAAAGAAUUACUAAAGCCUGAAUUUGGAGAGAGAUGUAGAGGUCAACCAUGCAGUAUGCAAGUAAUCAAAGUGAUUUGAGGUUUGGGAAGAGUGGAUAGAUGGGCAAGAGCAAGGCAGAUCGCCUGCACGUCACUGACAGCUGCACACGUUGGAAGUGUGGGUCAAGACAAAAAAUGUAUUUCAGAAAAAUGCACUGGUUUUAAAGUGGUGCCACCUGGCUAGAAAAGCGCAGGUGGCAGAAGAUUUGUCUUCACAGAUGAUGGCCCUUAUUUUAUUUACUUACAUUGGUUAGUGCAUGGGCAUACACAAACAAAGGUUUUUGCUAUUGUCAUGAACUUUUGAAAGACCUUUUCUUUUAAAGCAAGACCCUGGAAAUUAGAAAUGUGCUUACAGUUGUAUUUUUCCUAGAGGCUUCCUCUGUCCUCUCCUUGUUUUUUGUUUGUUUGGUGGUUUUUUUUCUGUUUGGUUGUUUUUUUGUGUUGUUUUGUUUUUUAAUUAGUAGAAGAUACUUGGAACAUGCAUUAUUAGACCAAAACAGAUCCUGAUGGGUGUCUACAGUUUAUAAAUAAACAUCUGGUAUAUAAUGACAUAUUAAAAAUGUUUCUGAAGAAGACACAAGGACCAUGUCGUUGUCCUUGCUGAGAAAUUCUGAAGGUAAUUGAAAACAGAAGGGAAGAACAUAGCUGGGUUGCUAGAAGUUUCUCUUUGUUGUGUCUUCAGCUCUUGGGUUUGCACCACAUGUGCAUUUGUUGAAGGCCAUUUCCUCUGGUCAUAAUGCCACCCAGUCACUUGUGCCUGUUCUUUACUAAAAUCAUAGAAUCACAGAAUUAUUUAGGCUGGAAAUGACCUUUAAGACCAUUGAGUCCAACUAGUAACCCUAACACUCCCAAGUCUGGUUCUCAACCAUGUUCUUCAACACCACAUGUUUUAAAUACCUCCAGGAAUAGUAAUUCAACCACUUCCUUGGGCAGCCUCUUCCAGAGAUUGGCAAUAUUUUCAAAGCUUAACAACCUUCUCAGUGAAGGAAGUUUUCCUAAUGACCAACCUAAACCUCGUGUGGUGCAGCUAGAGGCCAUUUCAUCAGAUGUAGAUGUGGGAUUAUCUUGCAAGGCUUAUGCAGACCUGCACCUUGAAGCCAAGCUAGCAUGUCCUGUGGCUGCUACCACCCUUCUGCCCCACAGACUUUGAGGCUAUCGAAAAGCACUGAAUAGGAGUCACAGGAUGCCACCUGGACACAGAGAUUAGCUUAGCUCUAUGCACAAAGAUGUUCAGAGGGCUGGAGCACCUUUCCUAAGAGAGCAGGCUGAGAGAGUUGGGUCUGUUCAGCCUGGAGAAGAGAAGGUUCUGGGGAGGCUGUUGCCUUUGAGUACCUGAAGGGGGCUUACAGGAAAGCUGGCUAGGGACUUUUUAUAAGGGCUUGUAGUGAUAGAACAAAGAGCAAUGCUUUUAAAUUAGAGCUUAGACUAUACA